GCGGAAGAGCGCGCGGGGGCCGCCAUCUUGCCUGCAGGACGGGAAGCAGAGACAGGGCGGGGAGCGGCGGCUGUACGGACCGAGACACCAAGAGAAUUCACCGGAGGAGCCGCCAUGAUCCUGCUGGAGGUCAACAACCGCAUCAUCGAGGAGACGCUCACCCUCAAGUUCGAGAACGCGGCGGCCGGGAACAAACCGGAGGUGGUGGAGGUGACAUUCGCAGACUUUGAUGGCGUCUUAUAUCACAUCUCCAACCCCAAUGGGGACAAAGCCAAAAUAAUGAUCAGCAUCGCCCUGAAGUUCUACAAGGAGCUACAGGCACACGGCACGGACGAGGUGCGGG